AUGAAGAAGAACACUAAAAAAUUGGAUGAUCAAGAUGCCCCUCCAAAGACAAAUGAACAAGAUGCCCCUCCAAAGACAACUGAACAAGAUGCCCCUCCAAAGACGGGCGACCAGGACACCAAACUCCACCCACAGCCUGACUCCCCUGGAAAUAUUCAAAAGAAAAUGGAUGGAGGAGAGUAUGCCCUUUUUGUAGCUCCUCCCAUGUUAGAGAGCAAUUUCAUUCAGGUCAACAGGAGAGGCGAAUCCAUUUACCUUCAUAAUCGAGCCAAUUGGGUGACUGUAGGCAUGUGUUCUUCCAGUUCCACUAACAAGACCCCCAACGUGAUGUUGCUGGCAUAUCUAACAUCGGGUACUCAAAAAGACAAGGGACCCUUCUUCAAAAGUCUUUUGACAUCACCACCUCCCUCUAAAGCAAAGCUGAUUCUCACCAGGUUUCUCCCUCUUCAGUUUGUGACUCUUUCUGUACAUGAUGCUAAGAACUUGCGCCUCAAAGUAAAGCUAGUGAGUGGCCGUGUCUACUACUUGCAGCUCAGUGCCCCUGCACACAAACAAGAGGCCUUAUUUUCCCAAUGGGUGGACCUCAUCUCCGUCCUGAGCCAGGAGAAAGCCAAAGCCCCCAAAGGGUCAGAAGGCUCAAGCGCCUCUGAAGUCACAAACAGCAUGGAAGUCACAGGCUCAGGAGACAUCAUGGAUAUCACGGCGUGCACAGGUCUGCAUAGCCCCUUCAUGUACACGUACACAGACACCUCCCGCAUAUCGGGGAGCAUAGAUUUCUCAGAGACCACCGAUGUCACGGACGUCACCGACGUCACUGACAUUCCAGAAAAUGAGCAUCCAGAGAUACCAGACAUAAGAAUUGUCACAGAAGUCACAGAAGUCAUAGAUGCCCCAGAAGACACACAGAUUCCCGAUGCCAUGAAUGUCUCAGAGGUCACAGUGGUAUUUGAAAAUGAUGACAUAAUACGGGCAAAACAACAGGAAAAGGAAAAAAUUGAGAAUAUCCUGAAACACGGAUGUCUACGAAAUACAAAAAGUAAGACUGAUUUAAGAGACACCACAAAACAUGUUACCAUCUCAAACAUAACGCUGACUUUCGAAGGGGAAAGAUGUUUUCAGACUACAUUGAUUCCUCCAGAACAUGAAGGAAAGAAACCUAAAGAUGACAUCUCUGCAGAAAAGAGAGCUGAUUUUAAAAAGAAAGCUCCCAAGGCUACAGAAUCUAGGUUCGUGAAAAAGGAUUCAAAGACUUCAGGCUUAUAUAGUAUUACAGUUUUCCCCCUGAUUAGCUUUUCUUUACCCUUUUUAAAGCUCAUCUAA